GCCAAACAAUUGAAAGGUGUAACAGACAUUUGCAGGGCCCAUCAAUGGUUACCCAAUCAACCUUACUGUCACCGUAUCAGAUCUCAUCCCUUCAUCGCCUUCUCUUCUUCUCCGCACAGUAGUUAAAUGGAACUUCAAUGAUUCUCCAUAUACGACACAAAGUCACAACCUUAAUCUCCAAGAUUCAAUUUACAACGUUCGUAGAUUCCACACUUCCACAUGGCCCCCACAGUAACCUCACCGCUACCCAGUUUCUUCAGAGACAACCAAAUGGAUACCAAAGAAGAAGAGGAAAAGAGCAAAUGCGCUUGCCUUGUGGUAGCUCUAUGCCCUUGUCUCGUUUGUUUCAUUCUUCUCUUAAUUGUUCUUUCCAUCAUUCUUGUUUUCAAAUUCCAUUUUCUCUGUCACACGCCUCUUCAUUACUGGUUUUACAAGAAAAAAUGCUGAUUUUUAAGUUACCCAUUUGUGGUUAUCAAGGAAAGUUUAUGUUUUUGGAUGAUUCUAGGUCGUUUUGUAGUGUUAGUGGGGUUAGUGAGGCUGAAUCUGAUAGUGAAGGUGGUGUGAAUAGUGGGACAUUUGCAGAUCCAGAUGAGGUUGAGAGGGUAUGCAAGGUGAUCGAUGAAUUGUUUGCUUUAGAUAGGAACAUGGAGGCUGUUCUUGAUGAGUGUGGUGUUAUGUUAUCACAUGAUUUGGUUGUUGAUGUGUUGCAUAGGUUUAAACAUGCUAGGAAGCCGGCUUUUAGAUUCUUUUGUUGGGCGGGGAAAAGGCCUGGUUUUGAACAUGAUUCAAGGACGUAUAACUCGAUGAUGAGUAUUUUAGGGAAGACUAGACAGUUUGAAACCAUGGUGGCGUUGCUUGAGGAAAUGGGUGAGAAGGGUUUUUUGACAAUGGAGACUUUCGCGAUUGCUAUUAAGGCGUUUGCGUCGGCUAAGGAAAGGAAAAAAGCUGUCGGGGUCUUUGAUAUGAUGAAGAAGUAUAAGAUUAAAGUCGGUGUUGAUGCGGUUAAUUUCUUGCUUGAUGGUCUUGGUGCGGCCAAGCUUGUUAAAGAAGCGCAAGUUGUUUUUGAAAAGCUUAGAGAUAGAUUUGUUCCCAAUUUACAAACUUAUACUAUACUUCUUGAUGGUUGGUGCAAGGUUCGAAACUUGUUGGAAGCAGGGAGGGUGUGGAAUGAGAUGAUUGACAAAGGAUUUACGCCGGAUAUUGUUACACAUAAUAUUAUGCUUCAAGGGUUGUUAAGAUGUCAGAAGAAGUCGGAUAGCAUUAAGUUGUUUGAAGUCAUGAAAGCCAAAGGUCCAUUGCCUAACGUUCGCAGUUAUACGAUUUUGAUACAGGACUUGUGCAAACGAAAUAUGAUGCGGGAAGCUGUUGAUUAUUUUAACGAAAUGGUGGAUCGCGGGUGUCAACCUGACGCUGCACUUUACACUUGUUUGAUCACUGGGUUCGGGAGGCAGAGGAAAAUGGACACGGUAUAUGAUCUUCUGAAGGAAAUGCGCGAAAGAGGUUAUCCGCCUGACGGAAGGACAUACAACGCUUUGAUAAAACUGAUGGUAAGCCAACAUAUGCCGGAUGAUGCGGUGAGAGUAUACAAGAAAAUGAUUCAGAGUGGCAACGAACCAACAAUUCACACAUACAAUAUGAUAAUGAAAUCCUAUUUUGCGACAAAGAAUUACGAGAUGGGCCGAGCUGUUUGGGAUGAGAUGCGUCACAAGGGGUGUUGUCCUGAUGAUAACACCUACACUUUAUUCAUUGGUGGGCUUAUAAGACAAGGCAGGCCAGAUGAGGCAUGUAAAUAUAUUGAAGAAAUGAUGGAGAAAGGGAUGAAAGCUCCUCAGCUUGAUUAUAACAAGUUUGGUGCUGAUUUUUCAAAGUAUGGGAAUCCUGUCAUCCUCGAGGAGUUAGCUCGAAAGAUGAAUUUUGCUGGUAAGUUUGAAGUGUCUAAUGUCUUAGCCAGUUGGGUUGAUAUGAUGAAGAACAACUCAAAGAGACAAGAGGCUAGAGAAUCUUUUAGGUAGUUUUUAUGAUUACUUGAUUCAUUUACUUGUUGGUUUGCAAAAAAAACCUUGUGUCCUGGGAUGUUAGAGAAAAACAACUCCUUUGAACUACCGGGUCAUUUUCGUUGAAUUCUAGUUUUUGUGUAAAAUAGUUUUAUGUAACACCCAACUCCUCCCCAGCCCUGAAAAAAUUAUUAUUAAGCUUUUACUUUUGUACAUAGCUUUUGGUUGAAACUUAUAAACCAAUGUUAUGUAAUAGCCUGUACUGGUUUGAAUGAAGAACUCCUAAAUUAUUGACAUCAUUUCUUCCGUUAGUAAAAUUUCUAUAUCCCUUCGAGACUGACUUUACAAAUGUUAAUGCUACAUUAAUUGUUCCUACAGCCUUUCUAGUAAUUUAGCUGAGAUCUUUUGUGGGGGAAUGUAAUAUUUUAAUGGAAUUUAAAAUGAGUCAUUUUAGUGACGGAAUGUGAAUGGGAGCUUGUCGAAUGCCGUAAAGAUGCUGCGGGAUCGGGAAUUCAGGUCAGCCCUAAAAGCAAUAACCUUGUUAGCUUGGUUGGAAUCAUUCCUGGCCCUACCGGAACUCCUUACGAAGCUGGUGUUUUUCUGAUUGAAAUCACAAUACCCGGUAUUAAACUUUUUGCAUUCGGUUUCUCCUUUUUUUUAUAUCCCCAAUUAUUGUUUUUUCAAUUAGUGUUCCUUGUGUGACUCUUGUGAUUAAUGAACCUUGUUGGAUUACUGAACAUAUUGGUUAAGUUUUACAUGCGUAUGACUGGAGUAUUUGAUUAGAGUGUUAAGUGUGCAAUUCAGUGUAUUGGCGGUCCGCUAAAAUCUGCACCCCAUCCUAUUGUAUCUCCUUAAUAAUGCAUAUAUAUUGAAAUCGUUGAAUUUCAUUGAUGACUACUGUGUUUUCCUUUUUAGUUGAGUAUGACCAUGGAGUAUGUGCUUUGCAAUGUUAUAUGUUCAAUUAAGUGGAUUAGCAGCCACCCUAGUGAAUCUCCUUAACGAUGCUGAUCUAUUGAAAUCUUUGUGUUUCGUUAAGUCUACUUCGGUUUAUUAUCUGUUUUCUUUUUUUCUCAACCAUAAAAAUGCUACUUUGUUUGCUAUUUUCAAGAUUUUGCAUAUCAACAUUUCCCUAAGAAAUUCUUGAAAACAUGAAACUAGAUGGAAAGAUACAAGCAAACCAAACACACUGUUCUACUUUGUUAGUGUUUAAAACUAUUGCAUUUUGUUACUUGUCAUGCUGUUAUUUUCCUGGAAAUCUAUAGUGUAAUCCCAUGAUACAAUUUUGGGUUUGGUUGUGGAUAAGCUCUUCCAAGGCCAUCCUUUAUUUGUGUGUGAUAUACAAAUUGUUUUGACAUUUUAUGCCAGAGUUUCAGGUGUAAGCUCUAAACCUAUUAGAGAAGCUUAAUAUGCUAACGAGUGGACAAUAUUCCGUGACACUUAUGCAAUGAAAUUUUUUGCUGAAUAUCAAGAGAGACGAAAUAUUUCUUAGGCUAAGUGGAUUUUAGAUUGAUUUCUUUUUCAUAUGUUAAACCUUUUAUGCGGUGUUGUUAGUUUGAAUUUUUCUUUUUGUUGCUUUUGUUUUCUAAGGGAUGUCUUGUCAACUACCUAACUAAGAAUAAGACAUGCCACCAAACACCCUAAAUUACCCUUAAUGAAAAAAAUAAUUGCUCUUAAGAAAGCCCCUUUUUGUAAUUUGCUAAAUCGAAAUUUUAUUUCCACCAAUCACACUUAACCAUUCCUCCAAGUGGUACACAUAUUUCUCAUUUUUCACUUUUUCCAUCCAUCUCAUUUGAAAAGUCUCAUUUUCCCUCACUUUUCUCUUUCUUCCUCAUUAUCUCUUCAGAAACCCUAGCAGUUUCCUCACUUUUCCCUUUCACCAUCAAAAUUUUCACUAUCUCUCUCGUCUAAAAAAACAGCUCCUCCAUCUUCUAUCCAUUCAAAACAACAUCGUCCAUGCUCUCUCGUCAUCUCAUCAGAUCCGGUAACCUUCGCACUCCCUUCAGAGCAGAAUACCACCGCCGGUUCAGAUGUCCCAGCCGUAAGCAAGUUUUUGAAAAUGCCAGCUUUACCCCUUUCUUCUCCAAAUUUCUAUACUGCAGGGAAUAUAAGACCAUCACCGAUAGAAGGUAACUUGCACCGAAGAAGAGAGCUUCUACUGCAGUAGAAGAUGAGUUUGCUCCCACACAUCCCAUUCGAUUAGGAUUGGCUUUGAACUUCUCUGUCUUUUAUUAUGAAACUUUGAACUUUCCUGAAAGGUAGGCCUAUUAUUGUUAUAUAACAUCACAUGUCUUUGUUUCAAUACUAACAGAUUUAUAUUGCCUAUUAUUGCAGUGUAUUUUUUUAAAUGGCACUUAAAUUCUACAGUGGUGUUAAUAAAACAGUUGUAAUUCUACGGUGGUGUUUUAGAGUGGUGCUUACAAUCUGCAGUUAUGACCCUGGUGCUUUGGUUUCUAUUCUUGCUUUAGCAUUUGAUCUUUUAAGUUGUCUAGCUAUUGUUUUAGGUGAUUGGUUCAGUAGUGUUUAAUGUGAUUAGCUGUUGGUUUAGGUGAUUGGUUCAGCAGUGUUUAAUAAUGUGAUUAGUUGUUGUAUUUGUGCAAAUUCAUUCAAAAUGCAAAAAACUGUUACUAACUUUACCUUUUUUAGAACCAUUAUUGAAGACACACAAAGUGAAAAUGCAAAUGAUCUAUUUAAGCAUUGUGUACUAAAGAAAGAGAAAGACGAGUUCCUAUGACAAGGAUUCGAAAAUGGGUUGCUACACGAUUGAAAGAUUCUCAAACACACAUAUGCUAUGUUGACAACCUUCAAUGAAGUUGAUAUGUAAGUUUUGUUGACUGUCAAAUUGUAGCAGAAGUUUUUGAAUAUUGCCUCAAGCUUUAGGUUUUUUCAUGUGUAAAAUACACUAUUAUGCAUUAUUUGGGGAUGCUUACUUUGAAUUAGAAUAUUGGAAACCAUGGGCACAAUUCUUGUGGUACAUAACAAUCUAAAUUUAUGGUUACUAUACUUGCAAUAAUUGCUUUAUACAGAAUAACCAUUCACUCUCGUGCUGUUUGCUCUGUGUUUUAUGAUAGGUCUAAUUUAAUGAAACUUCGUACUGAUUAUAAGGAUGCUUUUGUUGAAAAGCAUGGAGCCAAAUUGGGACUUAAGUCUGGAUUUAUCAAAGUGCUUUCAAAUUAUAGAAUUAUAGCGCUAAGGAGAAAUCUUUCUUUCAGAAAAAAUUAUCCUCUGGGACUUGUUGUGCCAGUUAUUCGAAAUGCUGAUACAAUGAACCUUGCGGACAUAGAAAAAUAGAUCAAUACUUUUGCAAAGAAGGCUAAUGCUGGAACUUUAUCAAUUGAUCAGAUGACUGGAGGCACUCUAACAAUAUCCAAUGGUGGUGUUUAUGGCAGCCUUUUAAGUACCCCUAUUAUCAACCCUCCUCAGGAAAAGUUGAUGCAUUAUUUAGCAGAUGAUAGUCAAGACCUGCAGAAUGCAAUACCAUAAAACAACAAGUCUUAAAAACAAGUGUUCAAGUAACAAGAUCAGGGUGAUUCCAUUUAAAAUACAAUGAAUAAAAUGUAUGUCACUUGCAACAUAUUAAAAAUAAUGUGGUUCUAUCACCUUAUUUUUCUAUCAA